AUGGCGUCGGUUUACUCCACCCUAACCUACUGGCUCGUGGACCACCCCAACAUCGCCAACUUCACGUGGACCGAAGGUGAAACCCUUGGCUCCACCGUAUUCUUUGUCUCCGUCGUAGUCUCCGUUUACCUCUCCGCCACAUUCCUCCUCCGAUCCGUCAUCGAGUCACUCCCUUCACUCGGUCCUCGCAUUCUCAAACCCAUCACGGCCAUCCACAGCCUUAUCCUCUGCCUACUCUCCAUAGUCAUGGCCGUCGGUUGCACUCUCUCCCUGACCUCGGGUCCGACGGCGCGUGUCCUACACGCGGUCUGUUUGCCCGUCGACACGAAACCUAGCGGACCGCUUUUCUUCUGGGCUCAGGUGUUCUACCUCUCGAAGAUCUUCGAGUUCGGAGACACAGUCCUCAUCAUACUCGGCAAAGCAACCCACCGGCUCUCGUUCCUCCACGUGUACCACCACGCGACGGUUGUGGUCAUGUGCUUCAUCUGGCUCCGAACCCGCCAGUCGAUGUUUCCGGUAGGGCUCGUGACGAACUCGACGGUACACGUCAUCAUGUACGGUUACUACUUCCUAUGCGCCGUCGGGUCGAGGCCCAAGUGGAAGAGGUUGGUGACGGAUUGUCAGAUUACGCAGUUUUUCCUUGGCUUCGUGAUAUCCGGUUGGAUGUUCCGAGAACAUUUAUUCGGGUCGGGUUGCUCCGGGAUUUGGGGAUGGUGUUUUACCUUUGCGUUUAAUGCUUCUCUCUUGGCUCUCUUCUUCAACUUCUAUUUCAAGAACUAUGUGAAGAAGACAACACUAGAGAGGUUGGCCAAAAAAGCGAUUGAUUAUUAUUAUUCAAAAGAAACGAGUAAAUUGUCUUGA